AUGGCGACGGAAACGACCAUGGCCGCGACGGUCUCCGGGGGCCCAGCCGCGACGGUCCUCAACCACUCCGUGAAGCCGUACACGUUUGCCUUUUCGCGCUUCCUCCGCGAGACGUACCAGGUCGGGCUGCCCGUGGACCGGCCCAUAUGCAAGGCGUACCAGACGGGCAGCUGCCCCAACGGCACGCGGUGCACGGAGCGGCACGUCGCCGACGGCAGCAAGGCGUCGUCGUCGUCGCACCACCACCCGACCGGCGGGCUUAACUCGCUCGUCUGCAAGCACUGGCUGCGCGGGCUCUGCAAAAAGGGCGUGCCGUGCGAGUUCCUCCACGAGUACAACCUGCGCAAGAUGCCCGAGUGCAACUUCUUCAUGCGCAACGGCUACUGCUCCAACGGCGAGGAGUGCCUGUACCUGCACGUCGACCCGCUGUCCAAGCUGCCGCCGUGCCCGCACUACGACAUGGGCUUCUGCCCGCUCGGGCCCGUCUGCUCCAAGAAGCACGUCCGCCGGAAGCCCUGCCCGUUUUACCUCGCGGGCUUCUGUCCAGAGGGGCCAGAGUGCAAGCGCGGCUCGCAUCCCAAGUGGUCCAAGAACCUGGACCCGCCGACCGUCAAGCCCGAGCCCAAGACGGAGGAGGAGACGAGGGCCGAGAUGGAGCUGCUGCAGCAGCAGCACCAGGCGCAGCAGCAGGCACAGUCCGGAUACGACGAUGGCGACAGGCAGCGGGAUAAGGAUGAUCGCUUUGGCGGCCGUCAUGGUGGUAGGGGCGGCGGUAGGGGCGGCUGGAGAGGUGGCGGCCGAGGCCGGGGACACUUUAGGGGCAGAGGAGGAUACUAG